CUGUCCUUCCCAAAGCUUGGGCAGAUGGAGGAGGAGGCUGCGAGGAAGAGGAAGAUGCCUUGUGCCCCCCAGGCAGGCCCCGAGCUGAGGAUGGAGAGCCCGGAGGACAAAUCCCCCCGUGAGACCCUGGUGGGAGAGGCCGUUUUGAAGGGCUCCCCGGCGCAGGAAGGCCGCGGGGCGGAAAAGGGCCGGAGAUCCUCCUGCAGGAGGGUCUCCAAAGCCAUCCCAGGGUGCUCUGAGGAGGAAAGAGCCAACCUGUGCCGGGAAGGCAGCUGGAGCUUGAGGGGGAGCUCUGAGCUGGUGGUGCCUGAGCAGCCUCCCAGCAGGGAGAAGCCCUUCAAAUGCUUGGAAUGUGGGAAGAGCUUCAGGAAGAGCACUGACCUCCUCAAGCACCAGCACAUCCACACUGGUGAACGGCCCUACAUGUGUAGGGUAUGUGGGAAGAGCUUCAGAGACAGCUCCACCUUGAUCCGCCACCAGCGCAUCCACACGGGGGAACGGCCCUACAUGUGUGGGGAAUGUGGGAAGAGCUUCAGCCAGAGGUCCCACCUCCGCACCCACCAACUCAUCCACACUGGGGAACGACCCUACAAGUGUUUGGAAUGUGGGAAGAGGUUUCAGACCAGCUCACAUCUCCUCCUGCAUGAGCGGACGCACACGGAUGAGAGGCCCUUCCGCUGCACUGACUGCGGGAAGGGCUUCAACCAGAACUCCAACCUCCUCACCCACCGGUGCAUCCACACUGGGGAACGACCCUAUAAGUGUUUGGAAUGUGGGAAGAGGUUUCAGACCAGUGGGAGUCUCCUCUUGCAUGAGCGGGUACACACAGAUGAGAGGCCCUUCCGCUGCACCGACUGCGGGAAGGGCUUCAACCGGAACUCCACCCUCGUCACCCACUGGCGCAUCCACACUGGGGAGCGGCCCUACAAGUGUGGGGAGUGUGGGAAGAGUUUCACCCACAGCUCAACCUUGACCAAACACCAAAGGACCCACCAAUAAAAGAAGCCCUAGUGCUCCGACUGCUGGAAGAGCUUCUGCUGCUGCUUCCACCCCGAAUGAAGCCCCUGAUGGUGAGGCAACCCCUGGAGUCCAGUGACUGUCAGUCCAUCCCUUUUGGGCAGCUUCUUUCAACAGAACCCUUCUUGGGGGCUGUGUGGAGAUUCCUGCCUUGGCUGGGGACCCCCCAAGGUCACUGCUGGAGGUUGAGAGCAGAGAUCUCCCCACCAGCAUUGGUCUGGGGGAGUCC